AUGCAUAAAGGACAGUCUAACUCAAGUGAUACUGAAAGUGUUGUUAGUAUAGAAGAUACUGAAAUUGAUGAAAUUAUUCAAGAAAUGUUUCCUUUAGAAUAUUUAGUAAAACAACGAGUUCGUGUUGAUGGAACUUUUUUUAAAGUAAAAUAUAAGAAUACAAUACUUUCAUUAAAACAAGAAAUAUUAAAAUUUAAAGAACAACAUCCAAUAGAUUUACAUCCAAUAACUCAUUUUUCUUUUUCAUUGGCUAAGUCAUUUCUUUAUGAUCAGUUUGAGUAUUAUUCUUCAACACCUAAUCAAGAAACUGAUAUUAAUGAAAUAUUAAAAGAAACAAGAGAGUCAUUAGUGUCAUAUUAUCGUUCAAUGAAUUUAAUCUUUUCAACUAUUCAACGACAAUCUCCAAGCAAUUUAGGAACAUUUAGAGUAAUUAUUUGUACUUCUGUUGGUGGAAUUAAACGAUAUCUUCAAAGUGUACAUUCUUUAUUUCGAAGUAGCUCUAAACCAGUUACUGUAGAAUAUGGAGAUGAAGUUCAUCCAGGUGAUAUUAUUUUAUUUGGAGAUGAACUAACAGAAAAUGGAACAACUUCAUUAUUAGUAUUUGCAUGGGGAUGUUUUGAAAAACAAACAGAAUUAAGUUAUACUGUAAAAGUUUUUAGUCCAAUAAAUGAGUUUAAAGUUACUGGGAUUCCACAACCUCGUAGGUUGUUUAUAUUUGAGAAAUUAACUUUUUCUUGUUGUGAUAGUAUGAAGGUAGCAAAGUAUUUUUUUGCACAUAUCACUGCUGAGUUAAUGAAAAUAGAUUCAGGGUCAUUAACACUAACUAGUUUUAUUGAAGAACCUCAAUUUUGUACUAGAUGUAAAAAUAUCUCAAACCUUCCAAGAAGUAGUUGUGUUAUGUGUCAUGGAUGUAAUAGGUAUUAUCAUGAAAAAUGUCUUUUGGCUUUUGUAUCGACUAAUGAAGCUUAUUGUUGUAAGGAUUGUAGAAACAACUCUUUUAUUUAUUGUUAUUUAUCAAAUCUACUUUACCCAUUUAGAAAAAUGAAUCGUUGUUUAUUUUGUUCUCAACCUUUUAUUUCUGAAAAAGAACUUGAACUUCGAGGAGUUCUUUCAUUCACAUGUUCAAAAUGUAUAUCACAAUUCCAAAAUUCUAUUUCUUCUUUAUAUCUCAGAAAAUGUUAUUCUGCAACAAAUAGAAAAAUGGUAGAGUUGUAUCACAAAAAUAAACAAUUACAAAAUAGUCCAGUCUUAUUAUUAACUUAUAUGUUUGUAUUAAUGAGUGAUAUUGUAAGUGUUUCAGAAUAA